AACGAAUUUUGGUGAACGUAGUAAAAAAAACUCGAGCCACUUGGAUAAAUUGUAAUCCACAUUGCACAAGCACAGAGUAAAAAAUAAAAUUGUGCACAUGCACAACUGUCAUUAUUGUAAUUGGUUAAAUAAUUUAUUCAAGACCAGCUUGUAUUCAGUCUUUUAUUGUCAUGUGUGAAAAAGAAGCAAGUGCUCCACAAGAUAUCCUUUUUUGCAGCUAAUUUUGCUAAAUUUUGCAAUUAAUUUGCAAUACUUGAAUCUUUAAAAUACUAUAAAUACUACAAGUCUAAUUCUUAUAUAUUAAUAUAAUCAUUUUAAUUAAUAAUUUUUCCCCCCACUCUACAAAUGACAGGCAGGCAAGUCGCGUCUCUGGAGUUUGUGGUACCUGAAUACAUUUGGUUGCAUCCAUCAGCUGAAGCUCUAUCAAGGUUACCCGCGCAGAGCAUCAUGGGUGGUGGGUAUCGAAUGCGCUGGUUGGUUCCUCCCCAAGAGCACCAUUUGCAUCCUAACCGAGCCGAAUAGGGUAUUCCGGCAUCACGAGGCGCUUGUGACAGACCACCUGUCACAAGAAGUGAUGCGGAAUAGGCUACUCAUCGUGGAUAAAUAAACGGGAGGUGUGUGGGCUCUGGUUUUACGUGCUCAACCGAUGGUAUUUCGCCAAAGAGGAACGUGCGGCUUGUCGUGUGUGCGCUACGUGUACUUCACCGAAAGAGCAGUUUCACUAGAAUUCAGUGGCAGAGGGUCAGCGGGAUACGUGCUCGCGAACGGAUGGUUAGGACGCACGGAAAGUAAGCUUUUAAACACAAAAUACUCCCGAGCAGCAUCGCAUCUUCUGAAUCUUGGACGUUUCCACUCUGGCAUGAUGGAGGGGGAGAAGAAACAGGUAACAUGCUACCUGCUUUUUUCUUUAUCAACGGCUGUAAUCGGCUCUCUACAGUUUGGCUACAACACAGGAGUCAUCAAUGCACCUGAACAGAAACUGCGGGCCUUCUUCAACAACACGUGGAUGGAGCGUUACGGGGAGCCCAUCAAACCAGGCGUGUGUACCGUUGUGUGGAGUUUUGCGGUGGCCAUCUUUAGCGUGGGCGGAAUGAUGGGCUCGUUCAGUGUCGGUGUCAUAGCCAACAAAUUCGGAAGGCGUAAGUCCAUGAUCCUCGUGAAUGUCUUGGCUCUGACUGGUGGAGGUUUGAUGGGGCUGUGCACUCUCUGCUCCUCUUAUGAGAUGGUCAUUGCCGGCCGGCUGGUUAUUGGGUUGUUCUGUGGUCUCUUCACUGGUCUCACUCCAAUGUAUGUUGGGGAACUGUCGCCUACUCCACUCCGUGGAGCCUUUGGGACCCUCCACCAACUUGGUGUUGUGCUGGGCAUUUUAAUCGCUCAGAUCUUUGGUUUGGAGUUUUUGCUGGGUUCAGAUAAGCUCUGGCCUUUGCUUCUGGCUCUCACCGUCCUGCCUGCCAUCCUGCAGUGUUUUCUGCUGCCCUUUUGCCCAGAGAGCCCUCGAUACCUGCUCAUCAACCUCAAUCAGGAAGAGGAGGCCCGCAAAGCGCUGGUGCGUCUCCGUGGCUAUGAGGAUGUGGGGAAGGACAUGCAGGAGAUGAAAGAGGAAAGUAUUAAGACAGCCAUGGAGAAGAAGGUAACCAUCCCUGAGCUCUUCCGCACUGCAGCGUAUCGCCAGCCUCUCCUCGUCGCAGUCAUGCUGCACCUCUCCCAGCAACUCUCUGGCAUCAACGCUGUUUUCUAUUACUCAACUGGUAUUUUUGAGUCGGCGGGGGUGACUCAGCCCAUUUACGCCACCAUCGGAGCUGGUGUAGUCAACACUGUCUUUACCGUUGUAUCUCUCUUUUUGGUGGAGAGGGCGGGACGGAGAACUUUGCACCUGAUUGGUCUAGGUGGGAUGGCCAUCAGUGCCUUGCUCAUGACCAUUGCCUUGUUAUUGAAGGACAUUGUGGCUCUUCGCUACCUCAGUAUUGCGGCCGUCUUUGCCUUUGUGGCCAUGUUCGAGAUGGGCCCAGGGCCUAUUCCCUGGUUUAUAGUGGCUGAACUCUUCUCCCAGGGGCCACGCCCUGCUGCCAUGGCUGUUGCGGGAUGCUCCAACUGGACCGCCAACUUCCUUGUGGGAAUCAGCUUCCCCAAAUUGGUGGAGCUGUGCGGGCCAUAUGUCUUCAUUAUAUUCAUGAUCUUGCUCAUCUUCUUUUUCAUCUUUACGUACUUCCAUGUUCCUGAGACGAAAGGGCGAACGUUCGAUGAGAUCGCUCUUGGUUUCAGCGGAGCUCCGCCUCCAGCAGCAACCUCCACAGAGGAGUCCAGUAGAGUUGCUCUGCCUGCCUCUCCAGUUAAAGAAAAGGUCCCAUUGGUGGAAGCUUCCAAAUUUUCCUCUGACCAGGGCCCCGGCUCAUCCAAGCAGCUUGGCCGCAAAGGGGAAGCAAAGGGGAAGGAGAAUCUUAGCUCAGUGACCCAACCGUUGGUAGAAUCUAGUAUAGACGAGAAAUCUAAUUCCAUCGCCCAAGGAUAGGUGUACAGCUUAAUUUGAUGAAAGCCAUGGCAUUUACCACUGCAUAUAGAAAUAUAAUGCUAGAGAUUAUUUACAGGCAAGAGAUUAUUUAAUGAAAAACAGAUUAAGAAGGGAACGCCAGUGGAGAGCCACAAAUCAUCCCAAGAUAUAUUUACAAAGCAAAUGAGAGCUCAUAGUGUGUGAGCUGCAUUUUAUUGUGUCCAUGGAUUAUUGAUGGUUUGGUGCAAUAUUGAGUCGUGUUUUAAAGGUUUGAUCUUUUUAUUGAUAAUAUAUUCCUGUUUGUGCAUUUUUAGUACUGAUUUAAUGUGAUAUAUCAAUUAGGACAUAGUUUCCUAUAUCAAAAAGGACAGAAGAAGGGAAGUUUUACAUUUGGCCUUCAUAAUUCACACAUCAUUCAACUGUCAAACCUCACUUUCUUUAUAGAAAAACCAAAGUGUUCAAUUAUAGAAUAAAUCCCAAGUACUUUUAGAUCGCACACAAUCUCAAGGUUUUUGCGCUGACAAUGUUCAUUUUGUA